AUGCUAUUGCCGAGGGACUACCGCGUCAGAUUAGAGGCGAUGAUGGAUCGGGGGUGCUCUCAAAAGUUCUAUGAUAUCUCACCUUCCUCCCCUCCCUCCCUUUCCCCUUCCGAUCUGAUUGUGCCUGCCAGCAAGUCUCUUCUCGCCAAUCAUCCUGCCAACUCAUCCGUCUAUGUACCAAAUUUAUCCAUUGAAAUUUACUACCAGCCUCAUAUAUAAAAAGAAAGGUUCAACAACUCAAAGAUCCUUUACAAGUGAGUGUUUCCCUCGCGGUCACGGCACAGCAGCAAUGAUUGUCUAAAGUACUCGUACUGCCCAUCCCAAAACACCCAUUUUUGGGGCUCCCAGCGCGUCGGUCGUUCGGGCCAAUAAGAUCGCCGAUCGACCCACCACCACCAAUGGCCCCCCCGGUCUGCUCGAGCAGAGGGAGAACUCGGGAACUGGAAGGGAAGGGAAGAGGAAGGGGAACAUCCCUCCCCCUCAUAUCUCAGUUACGGCUAUUGUUCUGGCUCGCCUUCUCAUUCGAUUUGUUUGAUUGCCCUGUCCUGCGUCCGGCCCGUAGGGCUGGGAAGCGGUGUGCUGCUGGAGGGGAAUGCUCCUGACUUUCACUGGCUAAUGUCGAGGCAGCUGACUUUUCUGUUACCGAAACCCGUACUUUCUUAACCUCUUGUUUUCUCCCCCCCUUACGAGCAAGGUUGGGGGGCAUUGCGGUCGAGGGUGGCUUUUCAUGUUUAUUUAAGGAUUUAAAGAUACGGUACUCGAGCACAGUAUUGUGUCUCACUGCACAGCUUCAGUAGGAGUAACCUUUUAAGCAUUUUCUAUCUA